AUGGCUCCUUCCGCCAUGGGCCUCUGCCCGAUGCGUUGUGCUCGUCAGACGACCGGAGAAGUGCGAGCUCGACCCUGCCGUGUCUGCUCCCAAAGAAUCGGUUCUUGUGUGCAAAAGUUCAUCUCCCUGAUACCCGCCGAGCAGCAACUCGACGGUCAAUCUAAUGCGGGCUAG